AUGAGAUCGAAGUCAAUUCUUUAUGGUGCAGCUAAUCUUCCAAUUGAACCAACAAGCAAUGUUGAUUCAAGAACAACUAAUAACAUUGUGAUAAAGAACUAUCCAUCUGGUACAGUAAGUGAUGCUCCAACAGAGAUAAAAAAAGAGGAAACAACUACGAACUCAGAAGCACCAAUGUAUCCUCCUCCUUUAAGUCCAUUAACUUCCAACCUGACCUCAUCGAGAUCUGUGGAGACUUCAUCGAGGAUUGGUGUAGAAGAGUAUUUACUUAGUAUAUACCAGAAGAUACUUCUAGACCAAGACAAAGAGCUCUUUUCUAACUUAGUGAGCAAAGAUCAGAUCUUACUACCUAAGCCAGACUUGGAAGAAGUUGUUCACAGAAUGACUGGGUUCAAGUGUGAAAUAGACCUACUGGACCCAGACAUCACAUGUUGUGGUAUUCCACCACCUUUCUCAAAAAUAGCUCAGAUCAGAAUCAUUGAUGAGAACAAUAUUGCUCAAGAGUUUAAGUAUGCAUAUAAUGCUCAAUAUACUGAGUUAAUAAGUAGGUAUAAUUUAUGUCUUAAGUAUGUUAUUGUUUAA